UCAAGUCAGUCAGUCAGUUGAGUCAGUUUAGUAGCCACAGUUGGGUCAGUUGGUCAUUGUGCUAAGUGAACAACUGAUAAGAAUUAAUUGCAAGAUGAACAUGGACACUCAAAAUCAUUUUAUAACACUAUUUAUGAUUUCCAACUCUUUUAAUGGGUUCGGCUUCGGCCUAUUCCUAUUUGCCUUUGGCGUAGGGAGCGGAGUCGUCGUGGGUAUGGUCCAAGGCUAUGCAAUAUGCAUAGCCAUAGGUGCCGCAAUAAUGGCCCUGUCGGUGGUCGGUUGCGUCGGGGCUAUUACACAGGAUCAGAAAAAGUUGAACUCUUACGCAUGGGGGAUAGCAAUGCUGACGGCGGCUGCAAUAGUCCAUCUGCUGGUGUUGGCACCCAACGGGCGUGCCGUCGAUAUCCUUCUGAGAGCAUACUUUGUAACCAUGGUCUUCAUUAUCAGCGUAUCGAUAGUGUCAAUGCUGUUGGCGUGGACCAUGUCCUAUCGCAUCGGCCACGCCCGCGCGAUGUCUUCAUUCAUCGAGAAGAAUGCUCAGCAGAACUUGCAAGCGUAAACCAUCCAUCACAUCCAUGAUCCAUAUCUCCAACACAUACCUUUAUCUUUAUAAUACCUAUUAUAAGUUUUAAGGUGCUCUCCAUUUAUCUGUAAUACAUUACACAUCUCACACAUCAGCCGCAAAAAUCAUAUAAUAUAGCGACUAUUCCCAUACUUGCGCAGUAGCAUUUAAUUGCUUUUUUCUAUGACAGUAGGUAGUAUUUAAGGUAGAGACAGUUAAAAAUAUGUAUACUUAUAGGCUUUUAAAACUACACCGUGUUUUUUUUGUUUUCCGUUAAAUUCGACAAGUCGUUAUGUUCAUUAUCAGGAACCACCCUGUAUAUCACUUUUAGUUAAA